AUGUUCGGAGCUUUCAGACCUACGAACGCACUGUCGGGCGGUCUUCUCUGGAAGAUCCCAUGGCGACUCUCGAAGUUCCAAAAGGCACGACAACGGAAACGUCUCCGCGCUGUUGACAACGUGGUCGCAGUUGUGGAUAGAGCUCUGGCUAAGCAGGGUAUUACUACGAAGGCUGUGGAGAGAUGGAAGGAGGAGAUGCCAAUUGAGCAGGAGAUGCUGCCGAAAGACAAAUACACCAUUUUCGACCGGAAGGAGAAGAAGUAUAGAAAGGGCAUCCAUAAGCUGCCGAAGUGGACCAGAGUGUCGCAACGAAUCAACCCUCCCGGUUACUGA